AUGCUCCACGUCGAUUGGCCGAAAUUCUAGGUGUGGUGUGGUGGGGGGCCACUAGUAGGGAUUUUGUGAUUCACUAAAAAAUUCUUCGACACUUCUGUCACAACGACCGAAUUUCGAACUUUUACCCUUAUUCCUUGACUCUUUUACGUAUUCCGACCCGAAAUGUCGUCCCGGAAAACCGUAAACCGCCGUGGCACCACGAAAAAACGAGCCCAAAGGGCCACUUCCAACGUCUUUGCCAUGUUCGACCAGGCCCAGAUCGCCGAAUUCAAGGAGGCCUUCAACAUGAUUGACCAGAACCAUGACGGGUUUGUGGACAAGGAGGACCUGCACGACAUGCUGGCCUCCUUGGGCAAGAACCCCACCGACGACUACCUCGAUGGUAUGAUGAACGAGGCCCCGGGACCCAUCAACUUCACCAUGUUCCUGACGCUGUUCGGGGAGAGGCUGCAAGGGACGGACCCCGAGGACGUGAUCAAGAACGCGUUUGGGUGCUUCGAUGAGGACAACAUGGGGGUUAUCAACGAGGAGCGGCUGAGGGAGUUGCUGACUACGAUGGGAGACAGGUUCACCGACGACGAGGUGGAUGAGAUGUACAGGGAGGCCCCCAUCAAGAACGGGUUGUUCGAUUAUGUGGAGUUCACUCGUAUUUUGAAACAUGGGGCCAAGGAUAAGGAUGAGCAAUAGUAAUGACCAUUUCCAUUUUAUCAUUAUUAUCAUUAGGAAAAAAUUAAGACUAACAUAGUGAGGGUUAUUCAAGGCAUUUAUAAUUUUUUUUAUUUAAUUGCAUUUUGUUUAUAUUGAGACACAGAAGGUCUAUAAAAUAUUACCACCA